UGGCUGCUGCGUGGAACGAAGGUGGUAGUGGCGGGGGGAAGAUGAGUGGUGAUGCGGAGUCUGUCUUGCGCUGGUGUCAGGAGGAGCUAGUUCGGAAGUUCAGCCUGGAAGUGAAUGAGGAGUUGAUUCAGUAUGUCCUGUCAAUUGAGAGUGCAGAGGAGAUUGAAGAUUAUGUUGCUGACUUGAUUCAAGGGACCGAAGGGAAGAAACGUAUUUUCAUUGAUGAGCUUCUGAAAAGAUGGAAGAAAUCACAAGAGUUGCUUGCUGCUGGACAAGUGCAGUUAUACAGAAAAAAAGAUGAGAUUCCAGAUUCAUCGAAAGCAGGUGACCAGCUCAAGAAAUCCAAGCGGAAAGGUCGGAACAAGCAAGAACCAGUGCUUGUGUCCGAGAUCCAGCAGCCAGCAGAAGAGGUUAAAACGCCCAUGGAUCUGGUGAAGGCUCAGGAGGCUAAUUCUACAUCCAAGAAAAAGACUAAGUACCUGUCUCUGUACACAAAGGAGGGUGAGGAUAGACUUGCUGUCACUCUCCCUGGUCGUCAUCCCUGUGAAUGCUUAGGACAAACUCACCAACUCAUCAACAACUGCUUGAGUUGUGGCCGCAUUGUCUGCAUGCAGGAGGGAUCAGGUCCCUGCUUGUUCUGUGGAACUUUGGUCUGUACCAAAGAAGAGCAAGAGAUCCUUGUCCGUGAUUCAAACAAGAGUCAGAAAUUACGCAAGAAACUGAUGGGGACUACAGGGAAUCCUGACAUCUUUGAGCGGGAUCUGCUGCCUCAUCAGGAAAUGGUUUUGAAAGCUGGACUGGAAAAAGCUAUUAAACACAAAGACAAACUCUUGGAAUAUGACAAGACCAGUGCUCGCCGGACGCAGGUAAUUGACGACGAGUCUGAUUACUUUGCCGCAGAUACCAACCAGUGGCUCUCCAAACAGGAACGGGAGGCAUUACGCAAGAGGGAAGAAGAAUUAAGGGAGCUCCGGCACGCAUCCCGUCGAACAAAACAGAUCACAAUAGACUUCGCUGGAAGGAGGAUCUUUGAAGAUCAGGGUUCUUUGGAUCAAUAUUAUAGCAGACUGGAUGAUCUAGUGCAAGAAAUGAAGUCUGAAUCUCAGGAUAACAAUUCCGGUGAACAGAUCAAAAGAAGCAAACAACACUUGGGUGAAUUGGUCAAUCCCAAUAUCGCUGAAUGUGUCCCCAUUUAUGUGGAACUGACAGGACCAGGUGCCCAUAGGAGAGGGGGCGAUAAUCACUUGCAGAACAGAGUCAGUGACAUUGCCUCUGAACGGAACCGUUUGCGGAUUCAGGACCGGGAGCUGUUGGAGAUGUCUGAUGAUGGGAUGUGUCUCAGUAUGCAUCAGCCUUGGGCUUCCUUACUUGUAAGAGGCAUCAAAAGAGCAGAGGGUAGGUCCUGGUACACAUCGCAUCGAGGCCGCCUAUGGAUUGCUGCUGCUGCCAAAAGACCCUCACCACAGGAAAUAAUGGAGAUUGAAGGGACCUAUAGGGCAAUGCAUGACAAAGACAUUGAAUUCCCCAAAGACUACCCAACUGGCUGCUUGCUGGGCUGUGUGGAUGUGACAGACUGUGUGUCUCAGGAGCAAUACCGUGAACAGUUUACAGAUCAAGAAUGUGGCUCUCCAUUUGUGUUCAUUUGCACCAAUCCCCAGGAACUGCUUGUGAAAUUUCCAAUUAAAGGACGUCACAAGAUAUGGAAAUUGGACUCCAAGAUUCAUCAAGCAAUGAAGAAAGGGUUAAUGCGGCAAAAGCAAAUUGCCUAGAGGAAAGGAAGCACACAAAGGGUCUGUCAUGUUUUUGAGUGCUUGGAGACUAAAAGCCCACAACUGGGAAUUGAUCUGACCUGUCAUAAAAUUGACACUCGCUCACCCAAGAAAAUGUGAAUGUACUAUCCAAAAAGUACAUUUUUCAGCAACUUGGUGUUCCAACAUCAGCAACCCAGAAAUCCAAACACUUCUAUCUUUAAUAAUUCAAUCAACACGCAGUUCAAACAGCUUUGGUAAUUUCAAAGAAAGUGUUGCACAAAAAGCGAAAGCAAUAUCUUCCAGUAAUACUGCUAGACUGUACUUU